AUGGGGACUGUAACACUGGCACUGUCCCUGCUGGCUUUGGCUCUCCUGUGCCCAGCCACUGCCACGCUGCGCAUCGGUGCCUUCAACAUUCAGGCAUUUGGUGACAGCAAGAUGUCCAACGAGGGAGUGACAAACAUCAUCGUCAAUAUCCUGCGCCGCUAUGACCUGGUGCUGGUGCAGGAGGUGCGUGACUCUGACCUCAGUGCUGUCACCCAGCUCAUGGAGGAGCUCAACAGCGUGUCCAAGUCCUCAUAUGACUACGAGAUCAGUGGCCCGCUGGGACGGGAGAACUACAAGGAGAUGUACCUCUUCAUCUACAGGACAGAUGUUGUGUCUGUGGUGGACACCUACCAAUAUGAAGACCCCCAAGAUACCUUCAGCCGGGAGCCAUUCAUCCUGAGGGUCUCAGCACACCGCACCAAGGUGGAGGAGUUUGUGCUGGUGCCACUUCACUCAGCCCCGCAUGAUGCCGUCGCUGAGAUCGAUGCUCUCUAUGAUGUCUACUUGGCCAUCAUCAGGAAGUGGGGGACAGAUAACAUCAUGUUCCUGGGAGACUUCAAUGCUGACUGCAGCUACGUGCAGCAGAGCGAUUGGUCAUCCAUCCGCCUGCGCACCAGUGACCUCUUCAAGUGGCUGCUCCCUGACGACACAGACACCACCGUGGGCAGGUCCAACUGUGCCUAUGACAGGAUCGUGGUGUGUGGUGCCAAGCUGAAGAGAAGCAUUGUACCAAACUCAGCUGCUAUCUAUGAUUUCCAGCGUGCUUUCCAGCUGAACCAGGAGGAGGCCCUGGCAGUCAGCGAUCACUACCCAGUCGAGGUGAAACUGGCAGCUUGAACUCCCACUGCUGCCACAGACCGCAAUUCAGCUCCAGUUCCCACCACCAUCCCAUCCAGGAGCCCUCCACAUGGGCUGCUCUGGGUCCCAGUUUGGAGAAGAGUCACUGCUGGCUGUGCCCAGCACACCAAUCCACCACGAACCAGCACCUGAGGACAAACCACCAGCCAGAAAGUAGCUGGGGAAUGAAGCAUCCAUCUCCUGCCUCAUCGAAGACUUUAUUGACAAAUCUCAUUUUGCAAUUAGCUGUUGUACAGGAGGGAUGAGAUCCAAGGACCAGAAGGCUUGGGCCACAAUGGUGUGAGGACCCUCUCCUUGUCUGUUCCUCAGAGGAGCUGAGCAGGCAGCUCUCCUUGCUCUCAGGAAAGGCAGCAGUGGUGACAGGCACUCUACAGGAACUAAGGGGAAGGGACAUUUGGUUCGGCCAUGGGAGCAGGAUCACAUCACCCAAUGCUGACACUGUAGAUGGCUUCACUGUGAAAGUCUACAGCUACUGCAGCAUUUUGGAGGGUCACUAGAGCUCCUGGAACCAGGCCCCAGGCCGCUGGCUCCUUAGCGCUUCUUCUUCAGCAUCUCCAUAUACAUGCGAAGUGAUUUCUGGAUGGACUCUUUGGAAAUGAAGGUGGUAAAGUUCUGAAUGUCUUCCUCUCGGUGAGCUACCAGGCGGUCCAACACUGCCUUCCUCAUCAUGGACUUGGUGAGCUGACGGGCAUGGUCUGCAGGGAAGAGAGCGAGGAUGGGGAACACACACAGUCCUCAGCCCUGACCAGCUCUCAGACACUGCCACCAUGUGCAGGUGUCUUCAAACGGGGAGGUACCACCAACAAAGGCCUCUUUGAACCAUCAGGGAAAGGUGAAAGAAAAACCCACUGGCUGGAAGCUGAACUGGAUGAAUUCUGACACAAUAAAUUAUGAUCUGUA